AUUUAUUUCAGGAUUUACGAUCAUAUAUUCCCGGCGUUCCCCAUCCCAUCCCCAUCCUGGUGUGUAAAGUAAUUACAAGAUUGUCGUUAUUUCACUUUUCUGUAUUUAGUGAUUUUAAAGCCAACCCGUCACUCUAUCGUACGGAUUCACAAUUGUUGAACGAUGCACAGUGACACCAUCUGCAGCAAGUUGAUGUAGGUCUUUGGAGGUGGUCUGUGGGCUGUUUUUGACCGUUCUCACCAUCCUUGGCCUCUCCAAUAUUUUACGUCACCUGCCACUUCUGGCCUUAACGAGAACUGUGCCUGUGGUCUUCCAUUUCCUCACUAUGUUCCUCACAGUGGACAAUGACAGCUUAUAUCUCUGCGAUAACUUUUUUUUUUUUUUUUUUUUUUAGCCUUCCCUUAAACCAUAAUGUUGAACAAUCUUUGUUUUCAGGUCAUUUGAGAGUUGUUUUGAGGCCGCCAUGUUGUCACUCUUCAAACGAGAGACAAAGAGAACAACAAAUUGCACCUUAAAUACCUUUUCUCAUGAUUGCAUGCACCUGUCUAUGAAGUUCAAGGCUUAAUGAGCCACCAAACCAAUUGUGUGUUCCGAUUAAUCAGUGCUAAAUAGUUACAGGUAUUCAAAUCAACAAAAUGGCAAUCAAAUUUAUGCACCUGUCUAAUUUGGUUUCGAUGCAUAUUGCGCAUUUUCUGGUAAUCCAGUAAACCUCAUUUCACUGCUGAAAUAUUACUGUGUCCUUCAGUUAUUCGAUGGAUCAAAAUGAAAUUGCUGACACCCAAAUAUUUAUAAAUGAAAAUCAUGGAAAUGGUCAGGGGUGCCUAAACUUUUGCACACGACUGUAACGAUUACAAACAGAAAACAAAGGAUUAAAGACAUGAAAUUAAAGUCGAAUUAAGUCAUUUUACAGUCUUUUACACUAUUAGAAGACUUUUACAUGGUAAAUAUGAGUGAAAACUUUGCAGUAGAACACUGUUUUGAAGGAUUUCAGCGGUUUGUUGGAAGAUUUUCCGAUUUCAGCCGAAAGUACCCGAACGCGUACGAUGUUAGCCGAAAGUACCCGAAUGCGUACGAUGUUAGCCGAAAGUACCCGAACGCAUACGAUGUUAGCCGAAAGCACCCGAACUCGCUUCGACGCCGCAUCGGCGAAAGCUCGCGAAGUUUCCGGAAUGUUCCGAGCUUUUCUGGAAGCCUGUCAAUGAGCGCACGAGCCGGCUGACAGUUAGCCGAGUCCUUAUCUGGAACUCAUUCGGAACUAUAAAACUUUCUGUUGAGCUCAUUAUUGUCUUUUUUUGUGGAUUUGUCAUGUCUUUGCUCUGUUAUAAUAAAGGUUGUGGGCAGCGUUUUGAUCCGGAAAACAACCCAGAAGAUGCAUGCACUUACCAUCCUGGAGUUCCUGUUUUCCAUGAUGCCUUGAAAGGCUGGUCAUGUUGCAAGAGACGCACUACGGACUUCUCGGAUUUCCUGAGCAUCGCUGGCUGCACCAAAGGUCACCAUAACAAGGAGAAACCGCCCGAGCCGGUAAAGCCUGAGGUAAAGAGUUCAGGAGGGAAGAAAGAGCUGGAGGAUCUGAAACCACGGUUUGACGAAUACGUCAUUCAAGCUCCUAAACCUGUAGAGUUCAUCCAGAGACCCAGUGCUGAUGAGCCACUGGUGGAACUGCAGCAGAAAGUAUCUCCGUCCCUAAAACAGGCACUCGAGAACAUCCAACUAUCCGAAACACAACAGAUUUCGGAGAGCGAGAAUGAAGGGAAUGAGGUGAAAAUCGGAACAGCAUGUACAAAUGGAGGUUGCACUAAGACUUAUUCUGGACCAGCAAGUAAUGAGGAUACAUGUUUGUUUCACCCAGGAGUUCCCAUCUUCCAUGAGGGGAUGAAAUUCUGGAGCUGCUGUCGGAGGAAAACUUCGGACUUCAACACAUUUCUUUCUCAGGAGGGAUGCAGUACAGGAGCUCAUGCAUGGAAGAAAGCUGAUGGGACGAAGCUGGUACCAUGUCGGUUUGAUUGGCAUCAGACUGCUAGUCAUGUGACCAUCUCCAUCUAUGCUAAACAUUCCAUCCCUGAGCUCUGUACCGUAAAGGCCAACAGCACCAUGGUGUGUAUCAGAGUGAUCUUUGAGGGUGAGAAGGAGUUUGAACAGAAUAUCAGCCUCUGGGGGGUCAUCGAUGUCAGCAAGAGUAUCAUGAACAUGAUGGCUGCCAAAAUUGAGAUCAUCAUGAAGAAGGCUGAGCCAAUGUCAUGGGCACGGCUCGACCUGCUGCCACCGACACCUACGGCAUCCGAUGGGAAGAAAGAAAAAGAAUGUGUAGAGGAAAGAGACUGAUAGUGUACCAUCUGGUAGAGAGCUAACUCAGAACACCACACACUGUAUUUCUGUACUGUAGGACACACACACAUACACACACACACCUCAGCCAAAUAAACCUACAUUGUUUAGGGGUAUAGCACCGAUUGCACAAGACCUUCAGACCUCAACACACACAUGAUGUAGUUUUAGAACACAUACCAUAGUACAAAUGAAACAUGAGUACACACACACACACACACACACACACACACACACACACACACACACAUUUCCUUCUGUUUUAUUCCUUCACAGCAUGUCCUAUGUCUUUCUUAUCAGAGUGUCUGUGCUAUCCAAGUAUCUCAGUACUGCACAUACACACACAUACACACACACACUCUCCCCACAUGCACUUUGUGCCUUUAAACAUGUGACGCUUGGCUUUGGCUGUGUCUUAUUUCUUAGUCGUGUCUGGUUCAAUCUGCAUUGCAUCAGUCUUCACACUAGACUUCAGCUCCAUCUCAUUUGCUCUUCACAGACUUCCUGAUUUCUUAAAUAAAGUUAGAAGUUUAUAGUAAAGUGAAAACUAAAGUAUCCCAAGUCAUUGUUUGUAUUUCUGCAUGUUUUCAAAUUGAACAAGAUAGCUUUAAAAUAUUAAUAUUCACAGAAACAUGAUGGGUUAUAUGACAGUAAGUUUGUGGACUGAUCAGAAUGUCUAAAAAACCUUGGGCACUAACCGAAACUCUCUAGGACGUCGUUUUGAAGACGAUUCCUUUACCAUCUUGACUGAAGUCAUUCAGAUGAAGACUUUAAUGUAUGCACAACACUGGUGCACAUCUGUUCACUAUAUUAGAAGAUUUUCUAUUUCACAUAUUUGCCAAAAAUAUACAGCGUAAAUGAUCAAGUAUCGUCACCGUUGAUUGUAAAUGAGUCACCGUCGAUAAUAGCAGACACCCAUAAAAGAUGGGAACAGAGAGAGUAUAAAUCACUUCACCUCCUGAGUUUGUCAUCUGGGCUAAAUUAAAUAUCAUCAGCCAAUCCCCUGGUUCCUUAGUAUGAUGAUAUGGAGUAUCGUUUUGUAUUCCAUUCAAUACAAAGCUCUGGAUUUGAUACAUCUGCUUAUUGUACAAUACAUCCAACCCUUUGCAUAAUAAUCUCAGCUAUUGGUCAUUUAAAACUGCUUAUAUCACGUGACAUGAACAACACAUUUCAACGGAAUA